GAUCUUCCAGUAUUGAACUGUCCAACUUCGUUAGCACAAUGUGGUUCAAACGUUUCAUAUUUCUGUUCUAUCUCUUCAGUAGUGUGACUUGCAAGAAGAGUUUUACAAUAGUUCUGGAUACAACUAUUUCUAUGCGUGAAGAAAUUGACAUAAUCAAGGCAAAUAUUGGUUCUGUGAUCUCUAGUCUAAAUAUAUCGGAGUAUGAAAACUACAUCGUUGUGCCUUUCAAUGAUCCAGAUGUGGGUGCACCAAUGAUUUCGAAUUCCCCUGGAGGCCUAAUAAACAGUCUGAACAGUAUCAAAACAAGCGGCGGUGUAGACUGCCCUGAAAACUCCCUCCGUGGGAUAGAAACAGCACUGCGAGUUAGCGAGCCACAAUCCUCUAUACUCGUUUUCACUGACGCCUACGCGAAGGAAUAUGGAGGUCUCAAUUCAAUUUUGGAUCAGUGCAGGAAUAAGUUCAGUCAGGUAGUAAUAUUUUUAAGUGGCUUUUGUUUGGCGUCGGAACAUACAAGCAAGGGAGAUCUGGGCGUAUAUUAUGACGUCACAAGGGCCUGCUCAGGAUCAGUGUACCGUUUCGAUACAGCCGGAAAUUUGAGACAAGCAUUUCGAGUCAUCAAAGAAAUGCUCAAAAUGGAUUGGAAUGACGUCAUUACUUUCGAAAGCUUUAGCGGCCAGAAAGAGCUAACAUUCCAAACAGACUCGCUGACAACAGACGUAAUGUUGGUAAUAUCAGGAGAACAUCCUCAAUUGCAAAUAGCUGAUCAAAACGGUCAAUCUCCAAAGAUUGAAAAAAUAAUCGACACGCGAAGUUCUCAGGUGAUACAAUUGUUAAAUUUGCAAGUGAGACGUUAUACCGCCACAGUGACUUCUCAAGGAACCAUUUCUGCCACGUUGUAUAGAAGAAGUGAGCUGCCAUAUCAAUACGGAUUCUCAACGAUACUACCCAGAAGUAUAUUAGAAACUUCUCCAAAACCUAUGCCAGGUCGAACAAAUUACAUACUUAUAAAUGUGAUAAAAGGUUCAAUACAAUGCAAGUCUUUGGAAAUAUUCGAUGGCUUCACCACAAAAGUGGUAAACGUCGAAGCGACGAACAAACCAGAAUUGUAUAUAGCGAAGACAUUUGUAGAUCCAGAUAAAAUACUCAAAAUUUUGGUAAGGGCCCAAGACUCGAAUAAUGAAGAAAUUGCCAGCAGCACUUUUCCUUUAAUGCCACAGAAAUUAGUCGAAAACACAACUUGGGCAAAACCCACCGCAUUGAUAAUAGAACCUGAAGACAAACUAAUUGACUAUGGUUCAAAUUUGACUGUUUCCUGCAAAGUUAAUGGAUAUCCAAAGCCGAAAAUACAGUGGGUGGACGAUUCCGGACAAGAAUUCACGUCAAACGAAGUUUUACUAGAAAUACCAUCUACAUACAUCAGUUAUACUACAAUUGACGUAAGAGCAAAUAUGACAGUGUAUUGCAAAUGUGAAAACGCAAUGGGCGAGGACUCCCAGAGCACGGAGAUCUAUGUAAAUAGGGCGUUUAGUUUCGACAUCAUACAGACUCCUAGCGAAACAACCAUCGAAUAUGGUAGCGAAGGCAAUCUAUUUUGCCAGGUAGACGCUUACCCCGAAGCUACCAUCAAAUGGUACCACAACAAUACAUUAAUAGAACCAACUGAUAAUCUACAAAUGAUAGAGUUUGGUAUAUCCAUUAAAAAUAUGAGUUUGGAAGACGCCGGCGACUACACUUGUGAAGCAGAGAAUAUAGCAAAUAAGAAGACCUUCACAGCGUCAGUACAUAUUUCUGGAAUUGAAGCACCAGAAAUUUUAAAAAGUGGUGACGGUUUAAUUACUUUGAAGCCUGGCGAUUGGACCGACGUGGAAUGCCGAAUUUUAAAAGGUAAACCGAUGCCUCAAAUAUCUUGGUCGUAUAAGUCAGAGUACGCGUUAGAUUUCGAAUCACUGCCCGAAGGAGUUUUCGUUGAGAAUGGAAAAUUAAAAAUACCCUCAAUUCAGAAGGAACAUAAAGGCGUCUACAGGUGCGAAGCUAGUAAUAUGUUGGGUAUGGAUGCUGGAGAAGUAACCAUUAAAAUACUGUAUUCGCCAAUAAUAAAAAACAAUGAAAUAGAAAACAUGACGGUAUGGGAAGGUGACCUUGUGGAGUUACCAUGUGACGUCACAGCAUCCCCCAAAGCGACGGUUAGGUGGGAAAUGUCGCAAGACGACGUCAUCAUACCGUUUGACCACAGACACACGACCGACCGGCGUAACACGCAUCGUUUCAACGCGUUGGGUAAAGAUUCUGGAAAUUACCACUGCAUUGCUGAGAAUAACGUUGGCCGGGCAGAAUUAACCAUCAAAUUGAAUGUGCUUGUGGCUCCGUACAUAGAACCGCCCAGACCGCAGAAUUUAACAGCAGCACAAGGAUCAAAUGUGCUUCUCUCGUGCAACAUCUUGUUUGGAAAUCCUGCUCCAUCGUUAAAGUGGGAAUUUCUAUCGCCGAACUAUAUGUCAACUGUGUUGUUUAGUGCGGUCAAAAAUGGAAAGUCAGCGAAUCAACUCGAUCUACGCAAUAUGACAAAAUCAAACGAAGGGACAUAUCUCUGUAUAGCUAAAAACGAAAUCGGUUCCGAUAUAAUUAAGUAUUACGUUAAAGUACAAUAAAUAAUAAUUGAUAUA